AUGAAACUAUCCAUUCUGAAAUACUCUGUGUGGCUGGCGCGGCUUGUGCCUUCCACCUAUUCGACCACUUUGGGCCAGGCGGGACCUAGUGUGGACGAAGCCACCGAGUUUUCCUUGAUUUACGGGUAUCCCCUUCUAGCCUACGCACAGUUCGCCCUUCCUCUAUUAUCAGGCAAGUAUGGCACCAACACUCUCGACCACGGGCGAGGGCUAGCCACCGCUGCGUUCCAGAGCGUCGUACGUCCCAACGUCGACACUCUUUAUUCUAUGGCCGUGUUAGAUCUUUCUGCAAAAGACCUGGUUAUUGAAAUUCCCCCGAUGGGGGAUCGCUAUUGGGUAUUCCCCUUCUAUGACCUCUACGGCAACAACUAUGCCAAUAUAGGCAGCGUCAGCAACAACAGUCCAGGCAAAUACCGCAUCAGCUAUGCCAACGACAUUGGACAAGAACCGGGGAUUCAGUUGUGCGAAGAGAAAGCUCAACGCUGUAGAAACCAGGACCGCGACUGCAACGGACUUCGGGGGUAUAUCAACUCCCCUACACCUUAUGGUGCCCUUGUUGGCCGGUUCCUUGUGAAAAACAACGACAGUGACCUGCAAUCUAUUCAUUCCCUUCAGAACCAGACGUCUUUGUAUUCGGUUCUUGCGGACCGAAAGCACCCGACUCCUGAGCUGGCCGCUGCCUUGGUGAAUGAAUCGCUGUCGAGCGAUGUCCCAACGAGAAUUAUGCAGAUGGCUGCUCGAUUCACACCCUUUAAUCCUUCGCGCAAUAUCUCUGAUCAGCCGCGUGUAGAAUGCAUGCUGCGCAAAGCUGGUAUUCACGACGGCCGGUUUACACCGACCGGAAUUAACCUGACUGCGAUAGCUGAAAGAUCCCAGCAGGAUGUGCUUCGCCACGCCUCCAGUCCGCCAAUGGUAGUCGAUCUCAAAAAUAAUUGGUAUGGUAUAUCGCCGCCUGCACAAGGAGACUAUGGCACAGACUACAAGGAGCGGUAUUAUAUUGCCUACUAUGGAUAUCUAGCGCUGGUAUCUUCACAGGCUGUCUAUCCAACUUACCGCGAUCCGACGAACGAAGGUAGUGCCACUCUCUUUCUGGCUUCGAAAGAGGCGUACACAAUUACAUUCAGUAGUAAGCCUCCGUUGGCACAGGAUGGAUUUUGGAGCAUCACUGCGUACGAUGCAGAGCAGUAUCUGAUCCCCAAUCCACUUAAUCGAUAUGCUUUAGGGGACCGCUCCGACCUUACCUCACAGUGUAGCACUGGCCCAGAAAACGCUAGUUUCCAGAUCCUGGUGCAGCCCGCAGAUGCUGAACCUCCUCAGAAUUGGACAUCAAAGUAA